AUGCUUUUCUUUAGCUUCUUUAAGACCCUGACAAACCAGACUGUCACCAUUGAGCUCAAGAACGACAUCCGCAUCCGCGGAAUCUUGAAGUCGGUCGACCAGUACCUGAAUAUCAAGCUCGACGAUGUCGAAGUGCUAGACCUCGUCAAAUACCCUCACCUCUCCUCGGUGAAGAACAUGUUCAUCCGAGGCAGUGUGGUGCGCUACGUGAUGUUGCCCCGGUCGGAGGUUGACGUGGGUUUGCUGGAGGAUGCCACACGGCGAGAGGCUUCCAACCAGGCUGGCAAAGCACGCUAA